GGAGGGUCCUGGGGGUUGCUGGGACAGGGGGUGGAGCCCGGACGCCUGGGUUCCCAUAACCCCCACGGUCCCGCACUUGCGGGGCUGGGAAGGAUGGAGUCCAGCACAGCUCUGUUCUCUGUCCAGGGGAGUCCCUUUGCCUUGGGGAGCCCAGCCCGGAGCCACUACCACCCUUCGCCUGCCCGCCUGCCUGGCCCACAGCACCAGUGCACGGCCCUGAGCCCAGCCCACCUGCUGCCAAGUGUCCCUGCCAUCGCCUUGCACCGACAGUGCCCCCCUGAGCCCACAGCCUCCAGCCCCCAAGACCUCAGCUUCCUGCAGGGCCCCAGCUGCUGGGGGACAGCUCUGGACUCAGACUCCACCAAUCCCGUCCUGGAAUCAUGGCCCUCGACCGACUGCAGCUCCCCUAGCACCCCCGAGAAGACGCCAGACUUGAGGCAGCUGCUGGACCCCCUAGCCUCAGCCCGGGCUGGGGUGUCCAUCAUUGCCAAGUACAUAGAGCGUUUCCGCCAUGGGCAGCCGAGCAGCCGCAGCCAGCGCCAGGUGCCCCCCAUCCCCACAGCCAGGGAGUUCUGGUGGCUCGAGCCAGCACCUCCCUCUGACAGCUCCACCCCGAAAGGGGGGGCAAAGCCAGACUGCGCCAAGCUGGAAGAGGCCAGACCGCCGCUGCGCCCCAUGGGGGUCCCCUCAGAUACUUCCCUGCUGGAGUCGCCUGACCCCGACACCUGCAGCCUGCAGGAGAGAGCCACCCGGCUGCUGCUGAGAAGUGAGUCCUCCCUGAGCAGCACCAUCCCCGUCAGCUCUGAGGGGCUGCGCUCCACACCUCCAUCCAGCAUCCCGGACUCGGACCAGGCGCUUCCCAGCCCCCCUUACCUCUCCCUGCUGGAGCCCUCCCCAGGGUCCCUGCCUCCUGCCCAUAUCCCACAAAGCUCCUCUUCCACUCGGCCGGAGGAUGACAUCCUUUUCCAGUGGCGCCUGCGUCGGAAGAUGGAGCAGGCAAGCCAGGCCGGCAGGUCACUGCCCAUGCUGGGCUGGAAGAGUCAGCUGGCCUGGGGCCCAAAGACGGGUGAUGGGGCGUGCAUGACACGUCCUGGCCUUGGGCUGCUGCCAGGUGUGGCAGCAUGGAAGAGCGGAGAUGGCACUGCGUUCCCAGCACCUGCUGCCGAGCCAGAAGUGAGAUCUGGCCUGGAGUGGGCACCAGGAUCCUCUGUGCUUCACCAAGGAAUGGGGCACCCCCUGGAGGUGCCCUUCCUGAGUGCUGAGCCAGCUGUGAGGCAGAACCCCAUAGCAGUUCAUGUCCUGGGGCAGGUGGCAUCUGUUGCAACUUCCUCCAGCACACCACAGCCUGAGGGAGAUGGAGGAGGAGCUGCAGAGAGGUGGAGCUCCCGGGAUGCUUGGCGGGUAGCGGGACCGGCGGAGCAGGCCGCCUCCCGGGAUGCUCGGCGAGCAGCGGGACCGGGACCGGCGGAGCAGGCCGCCUCCCGGGAUGCUCGGCGGGGAGUGUGGGCAGUGGGUGUGGCACAGAACAUACUUAAAGAGACCCAGCAGCCUUCCAAACCUCAGCCGUCGCAAGGCAGAGCUGCCCUGGAGCCAGAGACCACCCCCAGCUGGAGGAGCGGGAAGGGGGAGUCCUCCAUCCACAGUGCCCUGGGGCAGGUGAUCUCUGAGAGGCUGUUCUCCCCCCCAGCUUCUCCCCACCCCACCAGGGGACACCAGUCAGGGCAGGGAGCAGUCUCUCCUUCAGAGCAGGGUGCAGCAGGGGAGCUCCCGGUCCCUGGCUCCCAGCACCCACAGCUGCUGCAGCUGGCGGCUCAGCUGCUAGAGGAGGCAGAGGAAUCAGAUGGCACUGAGUUCGAGGAGGAUCCACUGCUGGAGGUGCUGCGGGGCCAACGAGAGGAUCUGCGCAGCCAGCUCCGGGCCGUCGACAUCGCAGUGUCCAGGCUCAUGUCUCAGGGCUUGGCUGAGCCGCCCGGCCGCCCCUGCUGAGGGUCUCUGGGUCACCCUUUCUUCCAGCCCUGCUCUGUCUGGAAUCAGCCUUGGGGGGCCGGUAACAAUAUCCUGAGCCAGGGCGACUGGCUAUGAGUCCACGUACCCCCAUCUCAGGGCCGAGUCAGCCCAGAGCCAGGGGUGGGCGAAUCUGCCAGCUCCCCUUGGGCCAGAUAGGCUACCUAGCGCUGCCUGCACCUCAGCCAGGGCCUCGUGCCCCUUGGGGUAGGGUCAUUGGCCCAGCGGGAGCGCUGGCUGUGGGUGGAGCCCCCAGCCUGGUCCAGCGGGGGGCACUGUAGGGCACAGGUGUGCUGGGGGGAGCUGUUCACUGGCCGGGUGUGUAUGGUUUUUGCUGUUUUCUUAGGCAGUGUAAUAAAAGUGUGUUUCCUAA